CAUGGAAAUGGUUACAUGGAGCCGCGCGGCGGCUCUUCAUCUUUUGCCUGAAAUGGAAAGCGCUGCUCCAGAAGUAGACAGGGCUGUGUACAAAUUACUGAUGCUUCUUCACUGCAGGCUUGUGAUUGUUCCAAUACACCGUGACUGAUUGAAGUCACCUUUGUUUUUUUUUUCCUCUCGAGAUAGGUUUUUGUUUUUGACUGCAGUCAUUUUAAUUUUUAAUUUUUAAAAAUAAACAACUGAACUGAACAACGGACCUACAGAGUAAAAGAGGAAAGGCACUCUCGAAGGAGCCCUGUGGGAUAGUUGAUUUGAAACAAAGCCGAGAGGAUGGGAAAGCAGAAUAGUAAACUGCGUCCCGAAGUGCUUCAGGACCUGCGAGAGAAUACAGAAUUCACGGAUCACGAGCUUCAGGAGUGGUACAAAGGCUUCCUUAAAGAUUGCCCUAGUGGACAUUUAACUGUAGAGGAGUUCAAGAAAAUCUAUGCAAACUUCUUUCCAUAUGGAGAUGCUUCAAAGUUUGCAGAGCAUGUGUUCCGUACCUUUGAUACAAAUGCCGAUGGAACAAUUGACUUCAGAGAAUUUAUAAUUGCACUUAGUGUCACAUCCAGAGGGAAGCUGGAACAGAAGUUGAAAUGGGCUUUUAGUAUGUAUGACUUGGACGGAAAUGGGUACAUCAGCCGAAGUGAAAUGCUGGAGAUUGUACAGGCAAUUUAUAAAAUGGUAUCAUCUGUGAUGAAGAUGCCAGAAGAUGAAUCUACACCUGAAAAACGAACAGACAAGAUUUUUAGACAGAUGGACACCAACAAUGAUGGUAAACUAUCUCUUGAAGAAUUUAUAAAAGGUGCCAAGAGUGAUCCCUCCAUAGUUCGACUACUACAGUGUGAUCCAAGUAGUGCAAGUCAGUUCUGACUUUUAAAAGAUUUGCCUGGACAUUAACGAAGAACCACUGGCUUGUCAUUCAAGCUUAGCUUGCAGCAGAUGCCUUUCACUCAUUCCCAAUGGUUUGGUGGACAGAUUCAGUUGUCAGAUUUUAAUGCAUCAUGCAAUAAAGUGGCUGGCAUUCUGCUUUUCUUGCAGUUACAUAAAUGCAGCAAUGGAGCAUUUCAACAGAUAUUCACAAAGUUUAAAGUUAUGUUUACAUGCAAUUGUCUUGACUUUUUUUGAAUGCAGUUAAUGUAUCGGAUGUUUAGCUUCAAUUAAUUAUUAGUACGGAGGGGUUGUAAAUAUUCAAUGAAUGACCGACUAUGGAAAUGUUUAUUUGAGCUGGAUCAUAGUCAGUUGUUGAAACAACAAUGAAUGUAGCUGCCAGCCUAAAAGCUUAUCGUGAAAGCAACUAUAGCUUCUCUGCUUCUAUUCUGUAAGAAAAUUGCUUGCAAUUGAGAAAUGUUGGGCAUUUUUGUAAAAAAAAAAUUCUUGAUGGAAUGUAGUUCAAUAUUGAAAGCAAGUUAUAUAUAUUUAAUGUAAUGCUAUUUAGCCGUCCCUGUAUUUUAUUUCAAGGCUGGCUUGAUACAUAUAUUCAUACAAUUUUUAAUCUUGCUCAGAAGUGACUGAACACAUCAAAAUCAUCAGAACGUUUAAUAUUUGCCUAUUAUGUAAGAUAUAUUGAUCACAAAUUUAAGUUAAUUUUUUAUUAUAAAUCAAGCAAAAUCUGUUUUUAGGAUCGUGUAAAGAAGGCAAAACUCGCAAUUUAUGUUGACAGAAUUAAAUAUUAAAUUUAUUGCUCUAGGGGAUUAUUGGAGCAAGGGGCAUGUUAUCUGAAAGUUAUUCGCUGUUACUGAUGUAUUGCAACAUCCUUUUUGGAAUGUUUCUGUAUUUUCAGCUGCCAGUAGUUCAAAUCUUGUGUACCCCAGUGUUACUAGACAUCUGCCUCCUGCUGAGAAGUGUAGUAAAAUAAAGCCUACCAUUUCUUGUCA